AUGGGAACUCGUGACAGUCUGGCUUGGUCGCUAAAAAAGAGAGGUUUCCUUUUCCUCCUCUACGGCUGGACGAAAACCGGAUGUGAAAGGGUUUACCGUUUUUUAUUGUUUAACCUGACUAUUCUGGGCAUUUUAGGCUACGGCCAAAUCGCGCCUGCCACGAUGUGGGGCCGGAUCAACUGCAUCCUCUACGCCAUUAUCGGGAUCCCUCUGAUGCUCAUCUUCCUGGCUCGGGUGGGUGACAUCAUGGCUCGAUUCUUCCGAUUCGCCUACAUCAACCUCUGCUGUUGCCGAUGUUUCUUCGACGUGUUUCGGCGUCAGCGAAUCGCACGGAAAGCGGCACUUAUGGAUCUGGCCGAGGACCAGCGCCUACACAAAGAAGAGAAA